AUGACCAUAUUUCAGGAAUGGGAAAAUAGCAAUACUGCAAGUGUAAUAACGUACCUUGUAUUGCAAAUGACAACCAUAAUCGACACAUUCACGAAUUGCUACGUUGGUCAACUUCUUAUCGAUGAGGGCAAUAUUGUUAAAAAGAUAUCAAAUACGUUAGACUGGUAUCAACUGCCUGUGAAAAAGGCACGCUAUUUGAUCAUAGUUAUUGCUAUAUCGAAUAACCCAAUGAAAGUCACAGCAGCAAAUAUAAUACAAUUGUCUCUAAUUACGUUUACUAAUUUCUUGGAUGAUUUAAGAAAUGAUUGGUUGAAUGCUACGGAAGAGGAUCAAUGGAUUUACAAAGCCAGAGCCACUAAUGGACACAGAUUGAUGAUGUCGUUCAUGAUCCUUUUACACACCGGCGGUACGAGUUUACGAACAAUCACUCCAUUUUUGAGAGAUAAGAUCAUCCUACCGAAUAACACAACUAUAAGAUUUUUACCGUGUUCUGGUUACUUUUUCUUCAACGAGCAACUCAGUCCCAAUUACGAGAUCAUUUUUUUCACACAGUCUUCUGCGGAUUCAUCAAUUACACGACAUUAUCUGGAGUUCUCGGACUUUGCACGAUACUUUGUCUACACACGUGCAGCAUGCUGA